CGCAACCACCCCCCAUAUUACGGGCGGGUGUAGGAGGAUUAGCCCCUUGUAUUUGGGCGUUUGAAGAGCGAGAAAAAAAAUGUUAGAAUUUUAUGAAAGAGUUUUGGGAGCAAGAAUGUGUGCUGAAAAUGAUAUUAAAAUCCUAUAUGCCAAUUGUUUCGGUGUGUCGAUUGGUCAGCUGAUCGACGGACGUGAUUGCUCGGCUGAAGCAAUGUUGCAUGUGAGUGAAUUCUUGCAGCCUUUGGCGACUUCCAGGAGCUUGAGCAUAGCCACGAACCAAUCACUGUUAUGUCGAAAGCUGUCUACAAGACCGGGGCAAGAACUUCGGCUGCCAGUCCAAGAUGGCGCUGAGACGAGCGGAAAUGUACAGCGAGCGGAGCGAGAGGAUGUUUUCCGCAGGCGAUUGGAAGAAGACCGCAGCAGAGAGACGGCAGGCUCUCACUGUAACCCUUUGAGUUGUCCCUGUUGCUCAUCGUCUUCGCGGAGCACGGCUUUCUUGUCGAAGCAUGCCACCCUCGGAGGAGCUCGCCAGAGAAGACUGAGAAUGCAGCGAGCGUUGCGUAAAUUAUUCCCGCCGGCAAGAGGGCACUUUUGCAAAACUCGAUCUCAAAAAAUUGGCAGAAGAGAUUGGCAGAAUGCGUUUUUUUCCUGGCCCUCUGACGUCUGCUCCAGAUUUUCAUACUCGUUGUCGGAUGGGUGCAAGGACUUUCUUCUGAGAUCUCGAACUGAUGGACGCGCGGAGGACCUUCUGAGGACUCGACGGUCGAGAUUGCGGCAGCAGAACCGCUUCACAGCAGAGCCAGCGGUGGUUGGUUCGCUGCAUGAUUCGUGCGGAAGGCAGUUUCCGAGAAUUGGCCGGCAGCAGAGGACAUCAGCGGUCGCAAUGGGAGGACGGCUGCUAGACGGCGCAGGAGUGGGUGGCGGUGCAACUUCUCCUCGCGAAUCGCACACGAUGUCUCUAUCUGUCGUAUGUCGAGCGUCUUGCACCCUUUCUGCAACCCGCGACUGUCAUCGUGCUGCGAUGUCGACUGACACUCUGAGGCUGUUGCCCGACGAGGAGGAGGAGGAGGAACAGACUGUUGGGUGCACUUCAGGCGCAGCCACUGCUGUCGAAGAAAGUUACACUCCCUUUGCGCCGUCCCGGAAUGACAGGGAGUGCAGUAUGGGAACGGAGGAGGAGGUACCGUCGAAGAGGGGUGGAAUGGGGAGAACGGGAACGGUGCUGCCCGACGAGGCGUCGGCGAUGGUUUAUCGCAAUCGAUUGGGAUACCAACCAUACGAUCCUUCUGCAGCCGUAUGGAGAAACAUCCCGGAGUCAAUUCGAUCCAUAGCGGAGAAGCUCGCGGCGAUGGAGAAGGCUCGAGCAAGUGCCGGCGGCAAUGGGGAUUCUGCCCAUGCUGUUGCUGCAGGUAGUGGUGAUGGUGUCGGGGACGUUGACGAUGAUGAUGAGGAUAGCGAGUUCGACUCUGAUGACGGGGGGAUGAGCCAUGGCGGUCGUGCUCGUGGAAAGAGGAGGAGGGGGGGAUCGAAAACCAAACUCGAGGAGGAGAAAGCCCUUCGGCAGCAGGCCAUCGAUGAGAUCGAGCCAGAGAGAAGACGCCAAUUCUUCGCCGCAAGGCAGAUUGCUGGGCGGACGCUUGGCACAGUGGGGUACCUCUGCGAUGACUGUUGGCUGCCUAUGGAUGUGUGUAUAUGUGGGCAAUUGCAAUCAAGUCAGUUAUGGGAGGGGAUUCAUUUCUGGGUGUACAUGCAUGCGAAGGAUUUUCGGCGGAAAAACAACACGGGGAAACUGCUAUGGCAGGUGUUUGGUCCCCGUGCGGCCACCCUGUGCCUCUGCGGAAUACCAGAGCACGAGGAUCGGAUGUGGAGGGAGUUCGCAGAAGCGGGGUGCGGAAGUGUUUACGCCCUCUUCCCCUUGCGGGGGGACGGGAGGUCGACAUACACAGUGCAGCAGAUCACAGGUGACUGCAGACGGCAGUCGUACGGACAAUGCGAAGAGCUCAGUGGUGGUCCCGAAGAGAUGGAGGACUCGAGGACAAGCGACGCGACAACGGCAGCAACAGGGACGAGGGAGGAGGAGGAGGGGAAGGAGGAGAGGAGGAGUGUCAUCGGCGUCUCUCCGACUGCUGAUUGUGGCAGGGGUGAUCAGUCUGCACAGUCUGCCAAGGGUAGGGAUAGCAAUGUGCUCCAUUUUGUGCUGCUGGAUGGGACAUGGAACAACUCCAAGGCCAUGCUCCGACGACUUCUGACGAGGUCUGCGACAGAGUGGCCAGGUGAAGAGAUGAAGUGCAUCUCGCUUUCGCCGACCGUGCCGUCUGUUAUGCACGGCCUCAGGCCGCAGCCGUCCCUUGAGAGGAGCUGCACAGCUGCAGCUGCCGCCAAUCUGCUACGAGAACUGGAUGCAUCAGACACACUCUCGUCCUUCCAGCUGUCUCAUUCUGCCGAUGCUAUAGACCAAGCUGUUAAAGUGCUUCUGGACGCCCUUAGCGAACGGCGAGAAAGGCAUGGCAAGCCCGCUCUUCGCCUAGGAUUGAAUAGGCAGAUGGGUUUCCAGAGCUAGACAAGGAUUAUCUCAGCACUGGGUCACACAGGCGUACUAUAGUCUUCACCCGAAUAGAACGGCCGUUUUUUUCUUUCUUUCUUUCUUUCUUUCUUUCUUCUUCUUCUUCUCCUUCUUUCUUUUUUCUUUUUCCGGGACCAUUUUGAUGAUUUACGCUUGUCAUCGUUGCGCAGGGGCCAUGCUAAUCACCUUUCUCUGUUUUGUUCCAAUUUUGACGGAUGUGCCCCGAUGGACACGGCCAGUCAUUAUCGCUGUAUGUGGACUGAGAGUUGCCCCAAAUACAGCUCUAAUGACCGGGCGUUCUAUUCGGGUGAAGAAGACGGUAGUAGGGACUUAACGUUCUCGGAUGUUUUUUUUUUCCGAGCGCAAUCGAGGCCGCGAUUCAGUUGAAAAAGCCGAGCAUUGCGGCAGGAAGCGAUGAUAGGCAAAGGAAGU